GCUGCCCAGUGAAAAGUCCCCACGGCAGGACAGCGCACCUCCUCACUUCAUUCGCUCUCAGACACAGCACCAUGGAUUCCUGUUUUCGCGCACUUUGCAUGACUUUUGUCCUGGCAACGUUCACCUGGAGGUCAGGUGCGUUCGGACCUGUUAUCAGAUGCGAACCAUGUGAUCUUGCUGCACGGCUUCUGUGCAAACCUUUACCCAAGGACUGCUCGGAGAAGGUCCGCGAACCGGGCUGCGGCUGCUGCAUGACUUGCGCGCUGAGUUUCGGCCAGCCGUGCGGCGUGUACACCGGGAGAUGUGGCUCCGGCCUGAUUUGUCAACAUCAACCCGGUGAAACGAAACCUCUGCAGGCUCUGCUGGAGGGACGGGGUAUUUGUGCAAACGCUACUAACAAGCGACAAACUACCAGACCAACAGUGCCAGUCAAUGAGCUACCAGCAGAGAAUGCUGAUACUCAGGAUGAAGAGCGCAAUUCCACUGAUUCGGGUGUUCAGACCACUACAUACAGCACCCACAGACCUAUUGGACCAUUUAAGCCUCCACUUCACCCUUUCAUCCCCCCAGACAUCCUGAGACGGGAACAACAGAGAAGAACCCAGUUCUUUAAAACGGGGGAGCUACCGGGACCACUCGUCACAGAUCAACAAAACUCUCUAGAGACCAAGCGGGAGCCUGAGUAUGGUCCCUGCCGAAGAGAGAUUGAGAGCAUUCUCAGCAACCUCAAGAUCUCCAACAUUCUCAACCCCCGAGGUUUCCGCAUACCAAACUGUGAUAAGAAGGGCUUCUAUAAGAAAAAGCAGUGCCGUCCUUCCAAAGGCAGAAAGCGAGGCUACUGUUGGUGUGUGGACAAAUAUGGGCAGCCUCUGCCAGGUCUUGAUAGGAGGGAGCGAGGAGAUACCCAGUACUACAACUCUGACAGCCAAUAGGAGCAGAGCAGGAUGGGAGGGAGGGAGGCUGAGAUUGAACGGCAAGAACUGUAAACAAAUGAAGAAACCGAGGAUAUUGGAAGAGAGGUCAAGAGAUGGCUCAGCCGAUAUAUGGAUGUUUGCUAUUUCUAACUGUUGCCUGUGGGACCUUUUUCUGAGGCACAGCGCAGAGCGCAGCAGAAGAGUACCGGGCAGAAAAAGCCUGUAGCCUCUGUACAUGGAUGGAUUCUUCAUAACCUGUUUGUCUCAGAUUCAACCCGGACACCUUUUGGAAUAAUGUUACACCUAAAGAAACUAUCUCAGAGGCCUUAUUCUGAUUUUAAAGCACAAAGACAUGUCACAAGCAGUGAUAAGAGAGCUCUUCAUUUACGCACAAUUAAAUGGCAUUGCAUAUGUGUAAAUGCUUGUGAUUUGUAAUCAUUAUUUGUAUGCUUGUGAUUUGUUAUAAAGCCAUUGUGUUUUGUCUUGACAAUGUAUGUAUAUUUGAAUAAGUAAGCAUGCAGUGAUUUAAGUAUGAACUCCUAUUUGUAUGAAUUCCAUUAUUCCGGUUGCUUCCUGCUCCAAGUAGGGAGUUGGUUGGGACCGUGCAGCUCAGACAACACAGCGCAUAGAAAGUUAUUUUUUACUCUGGGUCUCACGCCACGGAAAAAGAGAUUUUGUUUCAUGAUCUGUACUGUGUGUGCGUGUGUGGGUUUUUUUGUUUGUUUGUUUGUUUUGUUGUCGCUUUGCAUAAGCUGAAUAUAAGAGAUAAGGGGUCCUUACAGUUAUCUCCAGUCUCUGUGUAGCCAGUGAUAUUUUUUUAGCACUUGUCUUGGAUUAAGUGGUCAGUUUAAAUAUGCUGUUUGCAUGUACAAUGCAACCCUCAGAAGUCUAUUUUUACUUAAUAAAGGCAG